AUGUCGCCAAUGGUGCUGGAAAAUGAUGUUGAGGUUGGCGAGAGCUUACCACCGGCCACUGAGCACGCUGUAAGCGUCUCGCUACCCACAUGGCGGGCCAACGUUGGAUACGAAGAGGGAGAGGAGUGGGUCAUAAGCAAGAUGAAGACUGGCUACCCAAGGUUCUUCAUACAUAAGCAAAUCCAAGCUUUCUCAGAAGCAAUCGCCGAGAAGCAUGGUAGGAAAGGCGAAGUAGCCAUGUUGUUUCCAACCAAUGCUACUGCAUCCAGAGGCCGAGACUUUAUACUGCGGUAUGCGCCAGACAUGGAAGUCCGAAUUGUAGAUCUGGUGCCAGCGGCAGAAAGAGAACGUUUAGAAGAGUUGGAAAUCAUUUCACCGCGGAUUUCGGCGAUCCUGUACCCAGCAGAGCACUUCAAGAUUGCCAAACAGUACUGGCAACAUUCUGGGGAAGGUGUCUCAAGUCGCAGAGCCGAGUACUGCUCCCAAUUGUUCCGAGAAGGCCUUUUGGUCGAACCUUCCACAUUGACCGACUCAAAGCCGCAAUCACCACGAGUGUGUAAAGGACCACGGAGGUACCAGAAAAAGACUUCUGUCGAUUUCGAUAGCAUGAAAGGCUCGACCGAGGGCGAGGUCCAAGACCCGGUUUCUUUCGUUGAAGAGAGGUUUGGACGCAAUCUGAAUCUCACAAUGACAAACAACGCAAAGUUGGCGAUUCGAAGAAGAAUUGCAGGAUCAUUGACUGCUGACGUCGGUCUGACUGAAGCUAUGGCCUUUGGAUGUGGAGCAAGCGACAACUAG